AUGGCCGUUGACCCGCACCUCUGCGAGAUGGAGCAUUUCGAGGCCAACCAGCAGGAAUCGUCUGCCGCUCCAGCCAAGCUCCCUUCGAACUUCAAGAAAGAGCUCUCGAAAUUCUACAUGAAGCAACAGAAGCGCAAGGUCCCCACCGACACGCUGCCUUCGGCCUCUGUCGACAUCCCACUGGACGACUAUGUAUCUUUUGCCAACCACCUCAAGUCGUCCAGCCGCAUCAUGGCCCUGUUCGGCGCCGGCCUGUCAGCAGCCUCGGGCGUGCCCACUUUCCGCGGUGCCGGCGGCUUCUGGAGGGAAUAUGAUGCCACCACCUUGGCCACGCCCGCAGCUUUCGCCCACGACCCCUCUCUCGUGUGGCAGUUCUACAGCUUCAGGCGCCAUGCCGCCUUGAACGCCCAACCAAACAGGGCCCAUGUGGCGCUGGCUAAACUCGCCAAAACAAGGCCCGACUACCUUGCUGUGAGCCAGAACAUCGAUGGCCUAUCUCAACGCGCGAACCACCCGGCCGAGAACUUGCAGCUCGUCCACGGCUCGCUGUUCGACAUCAAAUGCUCCAACGCCAAGUGCUCUUACGUCGAGGAAGACAACUUCACGGACCCCGUCGUCCCCGCUCUUCAGCUGCCCGACGACGUCGACCUCUCCGAUCCAAAGAUACCGCUGAAGCAUGUUGCCGUCGAGGACUUGCCGCAUUGCCCGCUCUGCUCGUCGCUCCUCCGCCCGGGCGUCGUGUGGUUUGGCGAGUCGCUGAAACGGUCCUCGAUUGACCGCAUCCACGACUGGAUGGACAAGGGCCCCAUCGAUCUGAUGCUGGUUGUUGGAACCACGGCCGUUGUCUACCCCGCCGCCGGCUACAUCCACUCGGCGAGGAUUGCGGGUGCGAGGGUUGCCGUCUUCAACAUGGAAGAAUCCGAGGAAGAGGGGGCUGCAUCGAACCUCAGGGAAUGCGAUUGGUUCUUCAAAGGAGACGCCAGUCGAAUCAUACCCGAGGUUUUGAAAGAAGUCAUUGGUGUGGUGCCAGGUGUGUGA